AUGUUCUCAAGACGUGCCAUCCCACAGACCUUCCGCGCCGCAACCCGCGCCAGCGUCCCGCGCCCGCUUCCAAGCGCCCGCUUCCUUACCCCCUUCCCAAUCCGAUGCCUCUCCGACGAGGUUCGUAGCGCGAUUGAUCGCGCCGUUGCUUCCUCACCUGUUGUGCUGUUCAUGAAGGGAACCCCAGAGACACCACAGUGUGGAUUCUCGAGGGCGAGCAUACAGAUCCUCGGUAUGCAGGGUGUGGACCCUGAUAAGUUCACGGCGUUCAACGUGCUGGAGGAUCAGGAGCUGAGGGCAGGAAUCAAGGAAUACUCGGAAUGGCCCACGAUACCCCAGCUUUACGUCGACAAGGAGUUCAUUGGUGGUUGCGACAUCCUCAUGACCAUGCACCAGGAUGGCUCGCUGGCGAAGAUGCUGGAAGAGAAGAACGUCGUUGUACCUGCUGAAGGCGAGCAGAAGUAG